UGCAGGCUUGAUCCCAGGACCAUGCAGGGAUCAUGACUGGAGCCGAAGGCUGAUGCUCACCGACUGAGCCCCCAGGCUUCUAGAAUUUAGAAGCCUGCCUUCUAGAAUUUAAAGCAGUCCCUAAUUAUGGUUUGCGGCGAGCGCCACCAAGGAGUGAACAGUGUGGAAGGAAUUACAGACUCCCGAGAAGUUUCAAACUUACACAGAAAGAUGUCCUGGACCCAUUACGCAGAUUCCCCCAAAGUUAACAUCUUUUAAAAUUAUAGUGCAUCAUCAAAACCAGGAAAUGGACAUUGUCCCAAUACCCAGAUGUGCUAUUUUGUUUGGAAAGAGCUCCUGUCGAAAUGGACUUGUGUCCCACUUCUUAAAAUUAAUUCAGAAAUUAAUCCUGGCAUUCUGUUAGGCGUUUUAUGAAAAGCUAAUAAAGCUUUAAAAAUACAUUGCCAUGUAAAUAUUUAUACAUUAUGCUAAUGGUAAUUGAGGAGAUAAAGCUGAUGGGUGUUGCCUUUGAUCGGCCAAGAUUUUCUGCAAGACUAAUUUGCAUGAGCUCUAGUAAAGCUAACCCUUCAAACCUGGAGGGGUCAGGAAUGGUUUCCCAGAGCCUUGAGGUGCCACAACUUCGAAAUGUGUAACAAAGCAAGAGGCAAACUGAAUUUCUAAGCCGGUACUAAAGCUUUGAGCUAACCUUGUCUUUGGAAGAGUCUGGGGCAAAUGACAGCACAGAGACAAGUUUUCUUUGCAGACUAGACCCUUGAACAAAGGUUUGGGUUCUUCUCCCCUCCACAUGCGAAUUAUACGCCUUUCAAGAGACAUUUUUGGGUCUUAUUUAGGGGAAAGCAGAGAGGGGAGAGGAGAACAGGGAGGAAGCUCCGAAUGUGCCUGAACUUGGUGAGCUUUGCCUUUCAUCCCUUGUGACUGAGCGGAAUAACAUGAUGUAGGCACGUCUAAGGCAAUUGGAGGGUGUGAAUUUCCAUGCUUGCUAUUCCUUGAAUGUAUCGAACUUCAAGAACCUUCUGCCUAAGCCGCCGAGAAUCUGUCAGGGGAGCGUGUUUAAACAGGCUCACCCCUGCUUUCAUGUUACCUGCCCAGAACUCAGAGUGGCAAACGUACUUGGUGCGUCUGACUUUCUGUAUGGGAGGAAACCCUUCAUAUCAGAGCGGCCCUGGGAACUGUACCUCAGUGUCCCCGGCUGCCAGGCCGCAGAGGGGGUUUGAGACCGGGGAGCGAGCUGGAGAUGUUCGGAAAGGACUCUUCUGGGUCCUGGUUUCAGCUUCUAGAGAGAGAGCUGCUCUCGGGCUUUUGGGCUUACGCGUGCCUCCCCAGUGCGCCCAGCCCUCGCCCGGUGAUUCCCGAAAACUGCCAGGAGCCCUCCGCAGGUCAACCUGUAGCAAGUUCACUAACACAACAUCCGUGACCAUGCAUAAAUCUGCUUCCCCAACACACACACACACACACACACACACACACACACACACACACACACACACACACUGUGCUGUCGCAAAAACUAGACAUGACCCCCAGGGGCGGGAUGAGGGAGGUGAGUGGAGGGAGGAACCAUAUGCAUUUCUCGGGGCCCUUCUGUGUUCCCCAACUAGCCUUUUGGAGGCAAAUACAAUAAACCAAGAAUGUGCUUCUCCUGCAUCUGAAUUCAGGGAAUGUGACAUCUGGGCAUAUCACAGCCACAAAGCUGGCUUCCUCAGCAUCAGCUCCCCAAGGCCAUACCGUCCGCACAAGCAGUCACCAAACGUCCCUGUGCACAGACUAACCAGGCCCGAACUCCUCAGGAGCAGCAGUGCCCCCGCAACCUGCCCCCCGCCCCAACCUGUCCCCACCGGGCUCCCACGGGCAUUCCCCGGGCCCCUGCCUCCACUGCACAGAAAGCUCUUCCCACCUCCUCCCACCCCCGCUCAGAGGAGGUACACGUGAUCCUUCCCCAGAUCGGGUCGCUCGGGUCACUACACCAGCACCUCCCAGGACGGACCUGGUACAAACAGUCUCCUUGUUUACUGCCUGCUCUUCAAAAGGCUGGGCCGCCAUCGGCCUCACGUGGCCUAGAACACUGAUGGAACCCCGGGGGUGCCCCCACGUGUCAGGGGAACCUACGAACACGCGUGUUCUCUCCUCGCCGCAUCUGCCCCUUCACACACAAUCUGCGCGGCCCAGCCCUCCCCUUCGGCCGCCCUUCUCGCCUCUCGCGGCUCAGCACCACAAAAGGUCACCCUUCCAAGUGCACAUCAGAGCAUAUCUGGUUCUGCCCCCAGGAGAAGCCUCUGCCAACUUCCUCCAGCACCUAAAGGUGACUCUGUACUCCCCGUCCUGGGGGGCACACCUCUGGGUCAGACCCACGCAGAGAAUGGACUGGAAGGAACCAAAGGGGAAGACAGAAAAGAACUUGCCAUCCUGGUGGGAGCUUAUGGUGACCUGGGUGGGGACAGUGGGGACAGAGAAGAAAUGGAAGUUUGAGAAACCUCAGAGACGACACGCAGGACCGAACGUGGGGUGGCAGGGAGGCCUCCCCGCUGCCUGUCCUGGGCGACGGGGCUGCUGGUGGCGCCACACAGACACCACUCAGCUUCCGCUGCAUUCCCGGGCUUUAGAAACCACACACUCAUGUUCACAUCCUUUGCGAGUGAUCGAGAACACCUAGCGCAGUUUAUGUCCUAUUACCCUUAUUAGAAAUCAAGUCACUCACGAAAAUAACUGCCUACAGCACAGCACAAGUUUCCUAGUUAUCCUACUAGAGAAGAAAAGAUCAUCUCCAGUUUGAAGAGAAAAGGUUUUCAUCUCUAACCUCACUUACUGAUGGUCACACCCGGCCAAGGCAAUGUCAGAUGCUAAACCAGAACAUUGGCUGGGUCGAAUCUUCCGGAGCUCACAGAUGAACCGCUGGCGGGUGAUUUCUAAACGGCUCACCGAACAACCCCUUCAUGGGCAAAUAUUACAAACACAGCUUAGACUGGUUCAAGACCUUUCAAGGCUCCACAGCUCUUUCCACAGUUUCCACCAGGACGAACCAACGGUCCGUACUGGCCAACUACCUCCACCUAGCGGCCAUGACGGACAAGGACAACACACACAUGCCAGGACCAGCAAGCCCGAGCUGGUGUGCGCAGUUCAGCUGAUGCAGAUUUGGGAACUCUGCAAAUGGACACCCCCGUUGCCACGAAGCAUUAAUUAUUAACUUCUUUUUAACUUGAAGCAAGCAUUCCAAAUCCCGAAGUCUCUUCAGAGGAAAGGCAACUGGACGUGAGGGGUCGGCACCGAACCGCAGCUUUUACUGGCACACGUCUCACCUGCUUGGUCAGUGGCUCUGGGACAGCAGAGUAGUUGCCAUCCACAACCAAUGUCCCGAAAGCCCGAAAUACUUACACUCUGGCCCUUUAAGGAAAAAAUCACUGACCUCUGAGUGCAGCAGCUCUGGAUUCAAACCCAGGGCUGACACUCAGCAGUCAGCUGACUGCUCUGAGCCUCACCUUUUCCUUCUGUACAUUGGGGAGGAUGCCAGCCGCCCAGACCUGCUGUGGGAGUCCAGUCCCACAGAGGUGCAGGACCGGGGGCGGUGUCAUUAUGAUACACGGCGGCCCGGUGAGGACAGCCUGUUCGUUGCUGGCCUCCCAGCACCCGGCCCAGAGCUGGGCACUUACCAGCUCUCCCCUCCCCCGCGUGGGCUCGUGCCAGGCAACAUUCUGCAGGCAUUACACACAGUAAGUAACUCACGGGACCUGUCAACAGCCCUGCGAAGCAGGGGCCACCGGUAUCCUCAGAGGACAGGUGAGCUCGGCGGGGGAAGGAGACCGCCCCCAGCAGGGAGCCGCGCCCACACCGCCUGGCCGGGGCCCAGCUCCUCCGGGCUCAGCUUCCAGACUGGGCCUCCUAGCACCACCGACAGGGAGGAACUGGAAAGGCUACUGAAGUCACAAUUUCUUCAUUUAAAAACGGAGAAAUGGGAAGACUGUGUCAGUCUUCUCACUGAAUUGCUUAUCUGAGCAAAAAUUUCACUCUUAUCUACUGAGCACACCAGAGGAGACACCCAGGAGCUGAUGAGAGCUCCACCUCUCUGGAGCCUCUGAAGGGGCAGAUGCUUCCAGCAUUUUUCUCUUCACAGUAGGACUUACUGGAUGAACUCAAUACCUCGUAACUUAAACGUGUGUAGGAGCCUCACUGGGACAGAGGCGGGGCCUGAGUUCCAGCCUGACUCUGGGCAAGUCGCCGGGCCUCUCCGAGCCGGUUUCCUCAUUUGUGAAGUCAGUACCUGCCUCGCUGGGCACCAGGGCCUGCGAGGCUCCAUGGAGAUAAUGUCUGUGAAUGUACUUUAUAAUCUCCAAGAGUUAACAAUCUAAUCUGCUUCUAUUCCUAAUCAACCUCAGAGUUCUUGAGGCAUUACAAGAGAACAGACACAACAGAUCACCUUCAGAUAAAGGAAGAACAAGUGGCCUACUACUCGACCCUUCCCCCAAUAUGUCGUAAGGACUAAAGGAAGCCUGAUUCCGAUCUUCCCGACUCUCCCAAACCUCUCCUUCAGCUCCAUGUAAAUUCUUUUUUUUUUUUUUAAAGAUUUUAGAUUUGAGGAUUUUAUUUAUUUAAC